AUGUUAAAGGGGUAGGAGCUGCAGCGCAGGGUCUGUAGUCUCAAGUGUUUUUUCUCUUUCGGAAACAGGGGUCAUGUGAAAGACAAAGGCAAAAAACGACACGAUGGCUUACAGUGUGUAUCAAUCCGAGGCGUACUUCGGCAGCUUCUUGAAACCUUGGCGUUAAUGGCUUGAAUUAGAGCGAUGUUCCCAUAGCUCUUUAAUGCCUUUUGUUUCCUCCUCAUCUCCAUCUGUAUUCAAGGGGACAGAAUUAAAAUGCAGCUGCCACUGGUAAGAAGCCGAUCUCAAGAUGUCUGCAGAUUCUUCAUUUGGUACUGGGGGAAGCGAUGCCCAACAGACUCUCCAGUCUUUUUGGCCUCGUGUAUUGGAAGAUAUUCGCAACCUCACUGUGAAGGAUUUUCGAGUUCAAGAGCUUCCUCUUGCCCGCAUCAAGAAAAUUAUGAAGCUGGAUGAAGAUGUGAAGAUGAUCAGUGCUGAAGCUCCAGUUCUCUUUGCUAAAGCUGCCCAAAUCUUCAUUACUGAGCUGACAUUGAGGGCCUGGAUCCAUACAGAAGACAAUAAACGUAGGACUUUGCAGAGAAAUGACAUUGCAAUGGCUAUCACGAAGUUCGACCAGUUUGAUUUCCUAAUUGAUAUUGUUCCACGAGAUGAAUUAAAACCCCCAAAACGACAGGAAGAAGUCCGUCAGUCUGUGGCUCCUGCAGAACCUGUCCAGUAUUAUUUUACUCUUGCACAACAGCCAGGUACUGUCCAGGUUCAGGGACAACAACAGGGACAACAGACUGCAGCAUCUACUGCAACACUUCAACCUGGGCAGAUAAUUAUAACACAGCCACAGCAAGGGCAGAAUACACCAGUAACAAUGCAGGUUGGUGAAGGUCAGCAAGUGCAAAUUGUGCAGGCUACACAAAGUCAGACUCCUCAGGCUCAAGCAACGUCUGGACAAACCAUGCAGGUCAUGCAACAGAUCAUCACCAAUACUGGGGAAAUUCAACAAAUACCGGUACAGCUAAAUACAGGUCAGCUCCAGUACAUUCGCCUUGCUCAGCCAGUUUCUGGGGCUCAAGUGGUACAAGGGCAAAUUCAGGCGCUGGCUGCCAACACACAACAGAUUACACAGACAGAAGUGCAGCCAGGACAACAGCAAUUUAACCAGUUUACAGACGGACAACAGCUCUAUCAGAUUCAGCAAGUAACUAUGCCAGCUGGACAAGAUCUCACACAGCCAAUGUUCAUCCAGUCAACAAACCAGACUACAGAUGGCAGUGCUUCACAAGUGACAACAGAAUGAGCUAGGUCAUUGUUUGGGGUUAGCCUUUUUUAAAGUGAACUAUCCUGUAAGAAGAACCUGAAAGUAUUUUGCAAUAAUAAUGCUGACCCAGAGUCUAAGCUCCUUCACUGAACCAUGCUGUUACUCUUCUUUAAGAUGCCUGCAAUAACCUCCCAACACACUACGCUGUGAUGUGUUAAGUACAACUAAUGGGAUGUAAUCCUUAAUAGCAGCUGUACAAUUUGUUUUAAUUUGUUGACCACUUAAUUUAUAGGUCUUUAUUAUGGAGAUUGUGAGAUUUUUGUCAUGUGAAUUGCCUCUGAGUACUUAAAGGCAUUUAAAUUGGUCCAGUUAUUAAUAUUUUGUUUUGUUUGUUGCAGUCAGUCUAAAAAUCUUAUUUGAUCAGUUUUAUGAUGAGCGUUACUUAAUAAAUAGCUUGUUUUGGCUGUUACAAAAUGUUUUGUCCAUGUCACCCUGUUAGCCCCGUCCUCCAGACAAUGACUCCACUUAAGUUUUGUCAAACUGCACCUUCUAUCCAUGGAAUGGAAUCUUUUAAGAAUGUUUUCUACUUCAAGCAAUCACAUACCAAGGUUCAAAAAUAAAAUGACACUGUUAUACAGA